AUGGCGCACUCCUUGGCGUGGCGGUACCUCAGCCCUGAGCACACGCACAAGUGUCUCGUCGCACCCGAUGUUCCAGCGAUCCGAUUGCUGCUUCAGACCAUUGACACCGAGACGGGUGGAAGGCUCUUGCAGACACCUCAGCACAGCGAGGGGCAGGUGCGGAUUCUCCUCGACAUGCUCGCUCACCUCAUCCUCUUCAGCAGGUCGCGUCAGAUGUCGCCUGAGAAGGUAAGCACACUCGUUGGAAUCAUGUUGAAAUUACACGAAACGAGUAUGUCGAAGCGCUACACACGUGCGCAGUCGUAUCAUGAAAUGCGCGAACUUAUGAUACAGCACAGUGUCCCGCGCCCACCCUUUUCAUGCGGCAUCUUUACGAUGCGUGACGCGCAGGAGUUUGACGAGUACAUGUUGCAGUCCUAUUACCGCCACUACAAGAUGUAUGUGUACGUCUUUGUGCCGCGUGAGGUGGCGAACGUGCGCUGUUUAGACGUGGCGCACAUCCACCAGAUUCCGCCAGUUGGUCUGCCAUCGCUUGUCAUCGCGACGCCGGAGAGUGAGUGGCGUGCCACAGUAGAGGAACAACAGCGCGAAGCAGAGGCGCAUCAGAUGGAAGAAGAGGAUGCUACAUCGGACGCAAACGAGCUUGAGAGGCUCCGGCAACGGCUGCUCGAUGACCCGCACUACAGCGACGGCAUCCGCGAGCAGCUUGCGAGCAUCAAGAAGGAGGUGACAGGUAAGGCACUCGACCGCCUCGACGAGAUCGAGUCGAGACUAGGAGAGAUUGAGAAGAAGGUCGGCGAGUGCACGCAGAGGAUGGACUCGCGGCAGAGCAAACACAAGAAGUAG